AUGCGAGAGCUCUUGAUUGGAGUUCAAUGCGACUUUCGUCCAAGCAGGAGCCUCACAAUCCCGUGGUUCAGAGGAGUUCCGCCCACCGAUUCCGAACGGAUCCAGACAGCCUGGGCUGGUGCUCCUGACUUUGACGGUGUGGAACAGUCUGACCCCACUGUCGAAUCUUGGACUACUUCACUUUCCUUCCAGAACCGCAAGUUCUCUCCUCGCGUCUCCCUAAGGGCGACCAGCCGACUUGUCCGAAACUGUUUGGAACCUCGAUGGUGGAAUGCACGGGUGCAAGUUGUGAAAGUCUUUGAGUCUUUGUCGAUGACCAUGUUUCCACAUUUUGCGGUCCAGCAGAUCAAGAGCAUGUGCAAGAAGAGCAAGGGGUGUUUGCACGGCUGA